AUGUCACGUGGGGAUUCCGGAUACUAUUGCUCUUUAAAUAGUCCCAAAUCAGAAACUGACGAUAAAGAUAGUUACAAUGAUUUAAAUGAUACCAGGGAGGAUAACGAAGGCUAUAUAAUUAUGAGAAGUUCAAUGCCAUUUUGGCCUAAUGAACAAAAAAAUGACAGCGCUGUUGGUAAUAAUCGAUAUACAUUUCAUACGCUACCAAACUAUACUACUAUGGGAGAUGAACCUCCACCACCUUUACCAACAACAAAUCAUCCACUCCUUCCUUCAUUACAACGACUACCUUCAUGUUAUAUUAAUCAAUCAGAAACUGAUACUCUAAGAAAAUCUCCAAGUUCACCGUUACUUAAUAUUCCUAAUGUUUCAACGUCUGAUUCAGUCGGAGAUGAAGAACAAUUUGUUAGAACUCUUCGACGAAAAGCUUCUUUACAAUCUUUACAUAAUAAUAAUCAACAUGUACCAUCAUUGGCAUCCUCAAGAGUAAAAGCGAAAUUACUACGUAAUCGGCAGGUGACACUUAUUGGCAUUUCACCCCUAGAUCCAAAUUCAUUGCCUACAGAAGAACCACCAGUACCUCCCACACCUGCAAGUGGUAUCAGUGUUACUGAAUUAGUUGAUAGUUAUUAUGAUGAGGAUAAAGAACCGGGUCCAACUCCUGAAGGUAAUUCUGCUGUUUCAGAAAUUCUUACCACCGAAAGAAAAUAUGUUGAUGGUUUAGAAAAACUUGUUAAUAUUUUUUUACUUCCUUUACGAGAAAUCUGUCAAAAAACAAGUCAAAAAAAUGGGUUAUUAUCCAUUAAACCUAUCGCUAGUUUGGAAGAUAUUUCUAUGUUAUUUGGUAACAUUGAACAAUUAUUGAUUCUACACAAGUCAUUGCUUAAAUCUUUGGAAGAUAGAUAUCGAUCAUGGA